AUGGACGGCUCAACCAGGCCAGGGUUUCUGCAUGGUGAUGUAGUAACGUCCUGGUGGCGGAAGGACCUGAAGGCCUGGAGAACAGGGAGCAGCAAACCCCCUCACCUGCGUGCUCAGCAGGCAAAAAUGGGGCGCGGUGGCUCCUGGCGGCGCUGCGCGGGGCGCGGGAGGGGCCGAGGGGGCGGGGCGAGGGGCGUGGGAGGGGCGGGGCGUGGGAGGGGCGGGGCGCGCGGGGCCCCGCCCGCAGCCGGCGGCGGAGCGGGAGGCAGGCGGCUGAGACGGGCGCGCCAUUUGCAUUCGCCCGCAGUCAUUUUUAUCCGCGGAGGAUUUCAAAGCCCCAAACAGAUCUACCCACUGAGGCGGCGGAGAAAAGGAGUUCGGCAGGUGCAGCGCUGUCAGGAGAUGAGACAAGCUAGACACACACCUGCUCUGAGACAGGGUACUUUCAGCAUCGAGCAACAGAAAACCUUGAGUCAACUUGCUAACCUGCUGGUCAGCAGGACUGCCUUUCUUUUGCAGUGGGCUGACAUGGGGGCAGCCUUGUCCGGUGGGACCGUCCAAGACGAUGGGAGUGUCCAGUACGGCAGCCACGAGCCACGUGUGGCCAGUGAGCACUUGAAAUGUGCCAGCGUGACUAAGGAAGUGCUCAGACAGUGCUUGUUGAUGGAUGCAUGGAAGCCUGGGAGGGAGGAGGAAGGUGUGGCCUCUGGAAAAGAUGUGAGAGAAAGUUUUCUGAAAGAAGGAUAAGAGUGGUGAGUAUCCUCUGCUUCCUUUCAUCCUGUUUUUCUUUCAUUCUCACACUCAUUUUUUUGGGUGCAUCCUUAGUGUUCUAGAAAUACCUUCUGUGCUGGGCUUUGUGAUUUGGAACGAGGAUACCCAGAUAAUGCUUGUGUACCAGAACAGUUACUGUGGGUGAUAAACCAGGGACCUCUAAUGCAGAGGUCUAGUUUAUAUUCCUUUGUCGAAUAUAUUAGAAAAUAUUAGUUACAAUGAAAGUGAGAUGUAGGAAAAACAUAAUUCAGUGUUCUGACACCGGAUUGUUUUCUAUGGUCCACAGGCUAAUUUUAUUUGAUUUUUUUCUGUUUGGAAUUAGAAACUGAUGAUACUUUCACUUUUUCCCUUAGGAAAAUACUUAUGGAUUCAGCCAUCUUACUUUGAGGGUAAUUUUCCAAUGAUUCCGCCUAAAUGUUUCUCUUUUAAUUUCAUCCCAAGGCCAAGCUUUAAUGCUUAAAAUGAUUAGUUCACACUACAACUAAUUUAGAAUUUGAGUUAAUAUGGACACAGUUUGCUGUAAAUUCUCAUAAAAAGGAUUUGAAAUAACCCUUUAUCUCCAAAGUUUCAGAAUUUUACUUACAAAUGUACAGAAUUUCAUCCAACAUUCUCACAAUUUUAUAAAUCAAGGGCUCAAGAAAUCAAAGCCUCUUGAAUCAUCAUGGCCUACCAGCUAUUUCUGAAGACUUUACUGCUUUUUGAUGCAUGCAUAGGUAAUGUAGGUCCAUUAAACUGUAAUUUUUAGGAGUUCUUGUUGUGGUUUAGUGGGUUGCGAACCCGACUAGCAUCCAUGAGAAUGUGGGUUUGAUCCCUGGCCUCACUCAGUGGGUUAAGGACCCCAGCAUUGCCACAA